CAGAUGAGGCUUAAAAUCAGUGUCUUUGCGCUUAAAGCAUUAUUAUUUUCAUGGAUAGGUUUUGGGGAUACAUAAUAACCUGCUGCAGACCUACCUAAAGAUAGCUAACUGUGAUUCAAAUAGUCAUCCUCUUUGAACUGUAAUUGUGUGUUUUCUAAUCGAAGUGAUAAUUCAACUGUCAGCCAUAUUAAUUAGUUUUAAUCUCUACCAUUGAAGAAGACAAUAUGAGUUACUAUUAUGUGAUUAUUGCUGUUUUGAUUGUGUUCAAGAUUAUAUUUUGGUCUUUUUUCUGUUAUGUAAGAAACAGAAGAUAUUCAGCUGCUCAAGCUUGUCAGCAACGAGCUAUUAUUGUUGAAAGAGUUCCAACAAGAAGAGUUAUUGAUAAUAGGGACAGAGCAACUAUAGUUGAUAAUGAAGUAGUACCAGAGCCUAGUUUUGCCACUGCUCCACCAUCUUAUGCAGAUGCACUUUCAGACAAAACAUCAAAACCACCUUCUUAUGACCUGGUGGUUCCUCGAUCAAACUAAAAAUCGUCAAGUCACACAACAACAGCCAACAUUCCACCCUUAAUUACUUACUGUAUGUUUAAAAAGUCUUUAUUUUAUAGUAAAACGAAUGCUAUGUGGACAGAUUGUUUUAAGGUUAUUUAAGGGACAGAUCCAUUAGAAAAUGUAGCAUAAGAUACCAAAGAUCUCUUAAAAAAGGUUGUUGUAAUGGCCAGCUAUUUGGCAACUUAAAGAAUAUAGAAUAUUAAUGAGUGUGACAAGUUUUUCAAGUGAACAAAUUACUUAUAUGUCCAAAGCUUUACAUAAUAUCACUUGACUGUAGUCAGUUGGAUGAAAUACUAAAAUUAAAAUGUAGAUAUUUUGAUCAUUGUUACAAAGAUCCAAUUGUGUGAAAAAAAUAUUAAGUAAUUAAAUCAACCACCAAAUCAAAACUAAUCAUUUCCAGGGGCCAUGGCCAUCGAAAUAUUUAAGCAUCUGUUCUAUUUAAGUUAUAUGAAAAAUUUCUUGAUUCACUUUAGUUUUUUUUUUAGAUUAUAGAUUUUAGAUAUUAUAGUUAUUUUUAUAAUUGUUUUUGCUAUGAAGAGAAUGUUGAAAUACCACAGCAUUUGAGGAGUAUCAUAAUAUUAUAUUUUUUAUUUCUGUUAAAUUCUGUGAUACAUCUGGUUGUAAUGUUAAAAAGGGUAUUUUAUACUUUAAGUAUUUGAUUAUUCAUAACAGUCACUGCUAUCAUACAAUCAAGUAAAAUUUGAUCCACAUUUUCAGCUUUUUUCAGUGGUAACCUCUUCAUUUGAAGUCUAACUUGGUUUAAAAACUUAUUUCGUUUGGAUUCAAGGCAUAAAUCCGAGCACAUGUUAUCAAUACUAUUUUAAGCAUGCUGAAAGGACAAAUUUUGUGUAAACAAAAUGUAUCAUUUGUUAGUUGAUAUUUUAGAUUGAUCUUAUAUCGCAGAUAUACUGAUAUACUCUUCUGCCUUAUUUGUACCAGUAAGGACAAUUUAACAUAAGACAAAAUGACUUUUAUUUUUUUUUACUUCUGAUGAAAAGGGUCAAAACCAUAUUAUUUGACAUCAGUUUUGAGUGCCUUUUUUUCUUGCCUUAUAGUAACUUCUGGCCUUUUCAACAAUUCAACAAUACAAUACCUUUUUAUAUUGCCGUCGCCCCUGUCCGUAAGUCAGUCAACAUUUCUUGUGAACACAAUAGAGACUACAGUUUUCAACUGAUUUUAAUGAAAUUUGGUGUGAUCAUGUAUAUUGAUGAGAUGUUGGUCAAGUUCGAAUUUGACUAUUUUUCGAUGAAUGUUUUUUGAAUUAUUGCCCUUGACUUAGGAAAAACACGUCAAAAUUUGUUGUGAACACAAUAAAGACUACCGUUUUCAAUUGAUUUUAAUGAAACAUGGUGUGAUCAUGUAUAUUGAUGCGAUAAUUUGAUGAGGUUGGAUUAAUGAUAUUGAUUUUUAAAAUUUCUCAGCAUAAAUAACUGGCAGUAAAUAUAUAUAUCAUUGAAUUCAAAGUAAUAAACUUUCUUCAAUAAUGAGAAAAUUCAUACUUUAGUCACUAAAAACUGUUUUAUCAUUUCUGACAGCUGCCAGUGGGCAUAUGUUACCUUGCCUGGUAAGCUAUCUUUAAACUUGGCUGUCAGUCAAAUUUAUAUUAAGUAUUCGGGUUACCUGAAAUGAACUGAUCAUUAGCUAGUUAAGCUAUAUACUUUAUCCUGUAUGCCUUACUAAUGAAAUGGAAAUUAUUGUACAUCUAGGAACAUUUCUGGUACUAGUGCUGUAUCAUGAAUUGUUAUAUAUAUUGUUCAUUACCACUUAUGUGUUCCAAUUAGGGAUGGGUAGGCUACUGAUUAAUAUGUUAAAAGAGAAAUCUCUACAAUACUAAAUAUAAACAUCUAAUUUCAUGGGUUAUUUUUUUUAUCACAGAAGUACAAUAAUAUAUUCAUUGCUUUGAUCGGUUAAUAUAUAGUUUAUAGUUAAAACU